AUGAAUUUACUGUGGUACCAUAAUAAGAAGGACAAAGGCAUUGUAUUUGAAAAGUUUUUUUCACCAUUUCCUGUAGCUGCCUUGGCUUUGGUGUAUACUGCAGCAGAAUGUUGCAUUGACGAAUGGUCUGACAGCAAACAGAUGGAUAUCAGCUUCUUGUCCAAUGAAUACAAGGAGGCUUAUGAUAAGCACAUUGCGAACCUCAAGAACAUACUGAAGGAGCUUAAUGACAAUGGCAGAUUGCAUGCAAAAGUGGACCCACUUCCAGUUGGGGAUGCAGAGUGUAUCUCAGAUGAUGAGAUCAACAAUGCCAUCCAGGAGUACCAGCAGGGAAGUGGUGCAAAUGGGAGUGAUGAUGAGGAUACUGAGUUAGAGUCUGAGGGUGGUGAGUUCAAAGUUGAGGGCAAGUAG